CUACCAAGCAGCCUCCAUGCCCCUCACCCACGCAGAGUCAUCAGAAGGACUGCCGGGCGAUAACGACAAGGCCACGACGGCUGGACUGCCGCUACUCAGCUCGGCAUUGACGCCCUCGGGUCGCUGAGAGCCGACGGAGGCACACCCAUCAGCGGCAGCCGAUGCUGAGCCGGCAGCGGACGGCCACUCUGCAUUGGUCUGCUGUUGGACGGCAGCGGACGACGACGAGUGCUGCUUGAGGGGCGGGGUCACAAACGGAAGGGCAGUGGGGGAAGGCCUAUUGGCUGUUGGACCAGUCACAGAGAUGCUGCUGGCGCUGUUUGGCGUCUGCUGUGGGGGCGUCGUCUCGUGAGAUGAGCUCGAUUGAUCAGCCUGCUGCUGUAGUAAGGACGCAUCGGCUCCGCCCGACCCGCCUCUUCUGCCCUUCUUCUUUCGGUGUCUCGGCGUGGGUGCUGAUUGGUUGCUGUCUGCUGCCAUCGUCUCUUCUUGUUCCUCCUGCUGGUACGCCAGCGAGGUGGGCGUCAGGCAGCCACUCUGGCUGGUGGUGGUCGCGCUCCCGCCGUCAUCGUCAGCAGCAGCGGAGGAUGGCUUGUCGAUGGGCUCAGCGGCUGAAGCAUAAGUCUGCCUGGCAUGGCGUCUGCGGCCCCUCCCCUGCCCUCUGUUCCACUCUCUUUCCUCCUCAGCUAUCAGCUCAGCCGCUGUGUCUUCGGCCUGAAGCUGCUGACGACGCUGCAGCCAGGGACCGACAACAAAGCGCCACAGUGCCGAAAGGCCGAGCAGGACAGCGAGGGCAACGGCAACCCAGGGCGCCCAGGGAGAGGACACCUGCAAAGGAAAGAGCCACUCGGAAAGAGAGAAGGACAAAUUAUUCUUUCUGUUGCCUCUUGUGCAGUACUAGAUCAAGGCUUUUUGGAAGCCGAUACAAUCCACUGCCCUGAUACGGAUGGACACAGCAGAAAUGCGGCUGUGCGUACGACUGUGUCGCUUCCAUGAAGGUAGAUCGACACACAGGUGUGCCUACCGCUAUUCGCUAAAUGUGCGCGCCGAAGUGCUAGCGACUCCGGCGAGUUCUUGGAUGGCGCGCUUACAGCUGCUCUGAAGAUACGAAGCAUAAAUGAACUCGGUAAGGCGUCGUCUGAGACCCUGCGUCUGACCCUCAUCUGAGACGCGAUUCUCAUCUUUAAGGCCACACUGCCGCUGAUCGAUCGACAGGACAGCAUGAUCGUGAGCAGUACAGACGCAAGGCAUCGAGUACCUUUUUGCUAAUCUGAGCAAUAUUUGCUUGCAGGCGUCCACGCUCUCGGGAUACAUAAUGAUUCUGGACUCCAGCGUGUCGCAUAUUACGUCCACACACCCAUGGUCGACUGCAUAGUUACUCUACAACGUCGGCAAACACAGACAACGACGAAAGUCUGACGCCUUCUUCCACACCCUCCCGCCCACCGCCGUUUCAUUUCCCCACUUCCACGGGAACAAACACGACAUCAGAGGAAUGUGCGUGAGCGCUUCCAUCGGACGACCGAAAACUCCCGUUUCCCUUCGGUAUGCCCUCAUCAAAUUCGGGAGGACCUCAGCGUCUAUCAUUUGCGCCAUACUGACGGGAACCGUCUCGCGGCGCUUCCCUGAGGCACCCACACAGGCAAUUGGCAGACGACUGUGAUGCCUUUCUGCAGCUGCAUGGGUGACUCACGUGCCAUCUGAUGUAGGGAGACCACCGCAACGAACAAGGCAUGUAGGGCAUCGUGGUUGGUCGAUAGAAGUAAAGGCGAGAUCCUUGACACCGCUCCAUACUCGGAAAAAACAUCGGCCAAACCAGACGGCAGUUCCGCGAGUCCGUAAACGCCCGUCGGGGCGACAGAAAUCUGGGCCAGCAGGGCUGUCGCAGCUGUGACAACGAACUCAUCGUGACGGUCCAGCAGCUGCACGGCGACCAUCAAUGUACUCGGCUCGAUGAGCAUCUUAGGGGCGACUUGUAAGAGAUGCGCCAGCAGGACGACUGCUUCCCGUUCCACGUCGCUGUCCCGAGACCUUUCCAGCAGACGAGUAAGAAAUCCAGCGUAUCCCAUAGCCUCCUCCUGCGGUUGUGUGCUGUCUGCAAUAUCCUCUCUGAUGGUCCGCAACACGCUCAGCUGCAGGGCAGUGUCGUUGGUCUCCACAGCCAAACCAGCCAGCUCAACCGGAAGGGCGAUAGAUUCCUCGAAGGAUCUAUCGCCCUUCUGGCCCUUCUUGUCAGGAAAAUGCCGGUGCUGCAAGGAGCCGCUCGGGGUGGCCAUAAGGGCCAGCGCAUAGAGCAAGGCCGACAGCAUCAGGAGAUCCACAACAAGAUCAGCCGCGGGAAUCAGUUCACGGCUGUCCCACAAGAGACCACAGCCGUGACACCCCUCUACAGGGGACACCCCCGCCCGGACUUUUGGACGGACGACUGGAUGAAUUGCUUUGCUUUGCGCUGUCCCCACAGCAUGCCGUACGCCAUUGGCUACCUUCAGAUGGUCACAAUGCACAAAAAAACC